AGACAGAGAGGAAAGAGAGAGAAGGCAAUGAGCUGAGUGCCUUCUUUGGAUCUCUCAAAACCUCCUUUUCCUUCUUCUUCUAUUUCCUUUUUCUCUUAAACCCACGUUUAAAAAAUAAUACUAAUAAAUCUUUUGCUCUUUCAUAUUUUCUCCUUCCAUUUUUUACAUUUUUCAUUGGGUUUUUUUUCUAGGGUAAAAAAUAUGAGUGACCUGGCAUACUCAUCUCAUGAACUACUCCCAUUACACAACGGUCACGAUGACCCGAAUCUGGAAGGCGUAUCAGCAAACGUCAAGCUAUUAUUGAAAUUAAUCCAUGAUCACAAGGAUGACGAUGGACGUAAAAUGCAAAGAGUCGCUGGAAUGAUCAGCAUCAUAGAUGACGUGAAGUACCGAAUUGAGAAAUCACAGAUGGCUAUCAAGAAAGCCCAGUUCCGAAGGUGUAACACCGAACUCAGGCGGAGCAACGUAGUAAUGAAAGAGAGGAAGCCACAUGAAGUACACGAAGAGAAUCAAAAGCUACGAAGAGAGCUCUUGGAGUGCAUGGCUUCUAGGAAGAACCUCGAGAAGAUGUUUUCGAGCUUGGGGAAGGAGAAAGAGAUAAUGGCAACUGAGCUCGCACACAAGGCCCAACAACUGAGUAACAUGGAGGAGGAAGUCAAUGAUAUCAAGGCCCAGAAUGAGAAGUUGUCGGAGAAGAUCAAAGCAUACGCGGCCCACCACAAAGAUAAAAGGGACGUUCGAUUAGACGCGCAAGUGAAUGUGGCCCUCCAAGAGCGUAAUAAGAUGCUAUCUGAUCAGCUACUCAAGUCUCUAGAUGGAUACCGAUCCUUGAAGAGGAGAACAAGAGAAAUCCAUGAUGAGAACGCGUCAAUCCAGUCAAAGAUCGCUGACAUUGCUAAGGAAGUUGAGGUGGGCCUCAACCGGAUCCAUGAUCUACAACAACGGGUCAAGAGGAGUCAGGAACCGAUGGAUGUUGAGGAGGAGCUAUCCACAAUAGAGAACUUGUUCCGGUGCUUCGAGCAGAAGAUCACAUUUCGUGGGCCGUCGAGAAGUGUGUGCGUGUGAGGCCUACUGCAGAUGGGCCCGUCAAGAUGGGGCACGUCCCCGAAUGAGCAGUUAGCAGGUCCUUCGGGUGCAGGAAAACCAGAGAUUUUGAAUAGGCACAACCCAUUAAACCCAGCUCAACCAACCAACCAGAUCAAACCCUGGCUCAUUAGGGGAGCAAGUGGCCGGAGAUUGUGUAACGACCUGGUUUUCUGUGACUCGCUUAAGACCAUGACUAAACAAAUUAAUAAUUUUAU